GUCAGCCAAUGGGAGAGGCCUGCGUAGCCUCACGGGGGCGGGGCGGCGGCCGAGGCGCCGGACCCGAGACAGAGCGCGCAGCGGGGCCUCUUCCUACACCAGCGGGUCCAGGCCCAGCCGACCGACGAUGGGGGUUCCGGGCGCCAGGCGUUGCGUGGAGUUGCUGCUGGGCGUCUACUUCCUCAGCCACAUCCCCAUCACCCUGUUCAUGGACCUGCAGGCGGUGCUGCCGCGCGAACUCUACCCGGACGAGAAACCUGCUGAAGUGGUACGCCAAGGAGUUCAAAGACCCUCUGCUACAGGAUCCCCCGGUGUGGUUUAAGUCCUUCUUGUUCUGCGAGCUUGUGUUUCAGCUGCCUUUCUUUCCCUUUGCGACGUAUGCCUUCUUCAAAGGAAGCUGCAAGUGGAUCCGAACCCCUGCAAUCAUCUACUCAGUUCACACCAUGACAACUUUACUUCCAAUUCUCUUCACACUUUUAUUUGAGGAUUUCUCCAAAGCCAGUGGUUUCAAAGGACCUGAGACUUUGCAUGAACGAUUAACCCUUGUAACUGUCUAUGUCCCCUACUUACUCAUCCCUUUCAUACUUCUGCUUUUCAUGUUGCGGAGCCCCUACUACAAGUAUGAGAAAAGAAAAAAAAAAUGAAACCACCACUGGCCCAGGGGAGAAGCCCAUGGGGCAGUUGCCUAUUGGACUUACUACAAGGAAAACAGCUCCGAACCCGUGUCUCCAGCAGCAUUUGAAACAUACCAGCAGCAACACACAAGAGCAAGACAGUAGCAGGAGCCCGUGAAACCCUCCCCCUCCAAGGGCACUGAGAUGAAGAGGCUGAUCGGCUCUGAGGGUGGGCGGAGGGCGUGGGCUGGGGUCUAGGGAAGUGGUGCCAAAUACCUCACUACGUGCCUAAGUUCCACUGCAGGACUGCUACCAGCAGGCCCAGACCAGACACUGGAUAGACUUCCAAGAACACGGCCUGCUUGAUAAGUCCAUGAGUCAUUUGACCCACAGCACAUCUGGCUAAACCCUUGACUCAUGAUUCCCUGUGGCAUGUCACCAAUCAGCAAAAUAAAUAAUGGGAUGUUUGGGGCCAUUUUAAAAUUUGAAGUUAUGCCUCUUUAAUAUUCAUUAAAAAUUCUAUGUUUUCUUGUCCCCACCUCUAUGGGGGGGGGGGGGGGGAAGCUAUGCAAAAGAGGUUUGAACUGUUUUCCUUACAGUUCAAGCCAUAGCAUGACUCAGAAAUGGGUCAAACCAGAAAGUAUUUUUAUUUGUUUUAAACAGCUCAUCCCAGGAGAAGAGAUUUUUUUUUUAAGUCAUCCUGUAUCCAAAUCUUAGUCUUCCUUAUUUUUAGAGACCACCUGCCAUAAGUCCUUUACUCUGAGGUCUGACAUCUCAGGCCUGAUCCCUAGUGGAUAACUGCAUCCUUCCUGAUAAGUUUAAUCUUCUCAGGAGAAAGGUGGGGUGACAGCUGGGCAUGACAUACCCACUGUGCGUUUAUAAAGUCUCUUCACAUCAGUGCUUUGUAUUCCGUUAGCUUUCUUUAAAUCUGUACUCAAGGCCAACACUAAAAGAUGGUGGACAACUGGUCCCAGUCAGUUCCCUGCUUUUGCCCGUUUUGCUCACAGGUUGUACUGUCAUGAUUGGUGGUGGUGGUGUCUGACUUGUGUGUCUGGUCUAAAUAAAAGCUGCUGACCGCU